AGCACACACAACGUAUCUCAUCGGAUUUUAAAUUAUGUGUUAAUGUUUACAUGCAAUGCGCGCAACCAAAUAAAUUUUGCAAUUCCAGAGAAACCAAGCAGUAACAAAUUAGAUACACAACGCUAAAAUGAUGAAAUCAAAUCAGUCAAUUAAAUAUACUCGUUUGAGUUAAUUGAACCAAAUAUUCACCUCACUCGCACCUUUAGUACGUAAGCAGAUAUAUAAAAAAAAAAUACAGAAAAGAGAAUCGUAUACUUGAUCGUCAGCAAAUUUGUGUUUUAUCGGAUCUUUGGUACGAUAUCCGCAUUUGCCUGAAAGUGGUGUAGGUGGGGGUAAGAAAAUUUUUGAGACUGGAACGUAUAAAAACGAUCCGAUAAGUUGUAUUCCGCAGUCGUCAGGAUUACCGUUAAAGUAACUUGCUUCAAUUUGAUUUAACGUUGAUCAUGUUGCACCGAUCGUUAGCGUGGACGCUUGUCGUCCUUACAUUUGCAUCGGCGGGACCGCUCCCUGAUGUAAAGGAUUAUACCUUAGAAUUGGCCCUGACGGUCCCGGACAACGAAUCAGGAAUGAAGGUAGCGCAGUGGACCGAAGACAUGAACGUGAAUCCUGAAGAAUUGGGCAACUACUUGGAGGGAGACAUUAUGGUCACAGAAAGCACUAUACGAAACGGUGCGAAAGACCCAAAGCUCCGUUGGCCUAAUCGCAUUAUUCCUUAUGUAAUCCAGGGUAACUUCAAUAGCGCGCAGAUGAAUCUUAUACGUGAGGCGAUAAAAGACUAUGAAAAGUAUACUUGCUUGCGGCUUAAGGCGAGGACGAAUGAACAGGAUUAUGUCAAAAUUACUAGCGAUAAUACCGGAUGCUGGAGCAGCAUUGGCAGGAUCGGCGGUGCACAAAGAAUAAACUUACAGAUUCCUGGUUGCGUAACCAAAAAGGGUACCGUAAUACACGAGAUUAUGCACGCUGCUGGUUUUUGGCACGAGCACACUAGAUAUGACCGAGAUGAUUACGUGACUAUCAAUUGGAAGAAUAUCAUACAAAGUACCGCAAGUAAUUUCGUCAAACUUUCCCCGAAUGUCGUCGAAGAAUACGGCAUCCCUUACGAUUACCGCAGCGUGAUGCAUUAUUCAGCGUACGCGUUUGCUAUAGACACCAAAGUAAAAACUAUCGUGACAAAAAAUGCAAAAGCAGUAAUCGGGCAGAGGAAUGGCUUUAGUCCCUCAGAUUAUCAGAGGAUCAACAAAAUGUACAAAUGUUCGGCAUAA